AUGUCGCAUUGGCGUGCCAAGACCCUUGAUCUUGGCUGCUUUGUCGGGUCUCGUGUCGUCCGUGACCAUACCAAGCGCACCGUCGUUGAGCGCUUCGAGCCCGAGAGGCAAGCUCUCCGAUACAUAAUCCGCAACACCACUCUCCCCGCCCGCAUGCGCGCCGAGGCCCAACUCCAACUGUCGCAGAUGAGCAACUACACGCGUCCCACCCAGAUCCGAAACCGAUGCAUCAUGGGCGGACGCACACGUGGUGUCUUCCGCGACUUCAAGAUGACCCGAUACAACUUCCGUAUGGAGGCCAUGGCUGGCAACCUCCCUGGUGUCAAGAGGGCUAGCUGGUAA